CGGUGGUGACUUAUAACGGACAUUCAAGAACUAAUCGAGAGAAAUGCGCUCGGUCGAACUUAAGUUUAAUCGUAGCCGGAGACGUUUCAACGUUCGGAAAAGAGGCACGUUCCGUGCGGAAUUUUGCGAUUCACACCAGGAGGAUGGAAUCUAGCGAAGAUUGCGACAACGAAGCGAAUACCUUACAAGAGGACAAUAUCCAACAGACGGAAAACAAUGCACCACCGCCAUCGCGUCUCAUACCUGGAUUUGAUACGUUCGUCGAAUAUCUUGAGGAGGCACACGAUGCGCUGAAAGCUGGGAUCAAAACAGCUAAUAAUCUACCCACCGGAGAACACUAUGAUUAUUAUGCGUUCUUUCAAAGUUUCCAAGAUGCCAAAAACAGAGAUGUUAAAAGAAUACUGGCUACAAUACAGGCCAUAAUGAAAUUAGCGGGCAGUUCUGGUAACAUUAAACACCGAGACGACGAUGAAAAGUUCGACCUCUUAUUGGAGACGAAUGAUUUGCUACUUGAUCAGGCAAAUGUGUGGAUGGACGAGGAGAGUGGUAUUCUGCAGAACCCAGAAGUACAGUUGGUCGUGUCUCAAAUAAAGAGACCAACUGUGAACGGCAGUUGGAACACGAAAAAGGCCACCGCGGUCUCGGACGAUUCUCAGAAUAUACGUUUGCUGGGUGGGAAAAACGUGCAGAAGCCACAGUUCAUGUUCAAGGACAAGAUCGACAAUAGCUUGAAACCCUGGCAGCCGCGGAUCAAGGAGAAGCCAAACAACCUGAAGCCGCUUGCUCUUUACGUGGAAGAAGGGGAGAACGGCGAGGUCUUCAAUCAUCCUUACGCGUUCGAGUUGAACAAGUUCGAGACGCCAGAGUGUCAGCUGAAGAAAAGCGUGCCGGUGAGGUACAAGUCGCUGGACAACACGCAGCUGAUAUUUAUCACCGCGCCGUCCGACAUCGGGAUCAUCUUGGAAGACCUGAAGAAUUACAAAGAGAUAGCCGUGGACUUGGAGCAUCACUCUUACAGAUCUUUUCAGGGCAUAACCUGCCUGAUGCAGAUAUCAACGGUGGACACCGAUUACUUGAUCGACACGCUGUCUCUGCGAUCGGAGUUACAUCAGCUCAACGAGAUCUUCACGAAACCCACGAUCCUGAAGGUCUUUCACGGCGCUGACCUAGACAUACAGUGGCUUCAGAGGGAUCUGUCGCUGUACGUAGUGAACAUGUUCGAUACCCAUCAGGCAGCGAAACAGCUGCAGUUCCCCUACCUCAGUUUAGCUUACCUGCUGAAGAAGUACUGCAACAUAGAUCCCAACAAGCACUUUCAGUUGGCCGACUGGCGUAUACGACCACUGCCGGAAGAACUGAUGAAAUACGCCAGGGAGGAUACGCAUUAUCUGCUUUACAUAAAGGACCUGUUGAAGAACGAGCUGAUCGAGUCGGCUAACGGGCAGAACAACAUCCUCAAGGCCGUGUACGACAUGUCCACGGACAUCUGCAAGCGGACGUACGUCAAGCCGAUCUGGACAAUGGAGAGCUGCAAGAACAUGUACAGGAGGAGCCAGAAAAUGUUCAACAACAGGCAGCUGUACGCGUUCAAGGAAUUGCACAAGUGGAGGGACGUCACCGCGAGAGAGGAGGACGACAGUAUCGGCUACGUGCUGCCCAAUCACAUGUUGCUCAACAUAGCGGAGACGUUGCCGCGCGAGAUGCAAGGUAUUCUGGCAUGUUGCAAUCCGAUACCGCCGUUUGUGCGAAAGAACCUGCUGAUGUUGCACAAGAUCGUGCUGAAGGCCAGGGAGCAGCCGCUCGUGAAGACCAUACCGGAGGACGAUUUCCGGCAGAGACUAGCACAACGGACUCAUGUGGCGAAUGCCGACGUCUGGAUACAUUCGUCGCACGACAUACCGAAGGGCACGGAGGCCAGGGCGGACUUGCCAUGUCUCUUGGAUAAGGUCGACACGGCCUGGCCUGUGUCGAGCGAGAGCGUCGUGAUGAAACACACUGUGACAUUGUUCGACACAUCGGAGGAUGAAACGGAGAACAUUAAAAAGCCGAUAUUCGUGAGUCCCUUUCAGAGAUACAAGUGCGUAAUACCGAUGAUAGUCGAGCUGGAGGCAAAGGAGCUGGAAAGACAGCGGAAGGAAGAAGAGGAAAAGCGUCGGGGGGGCGACGCUGCCGCUGAAGAGACCAACGUGGAAAGCCUGGACCAAGCCGAGAUUAGCGAGAGCAAAGGGAGGGUGUACGAACACUUCAAACAGGUAUCUCAGUCAUCGAAUGAAGAAGUUCAGGGUGUGUUUCAGAAGAAAAAGAAGAAGAAGAAGAAGAAGAAGAAGAACGGCAACACAGAGAUACUCCUGGGUCAGAUGCACGGUAGGAAGAGGAAGAGGGAGUCUGGCAUCGCAAGAGAAAGUGUGAGUCAGGAUAGGAGCGACCAUCACGACUUCUGCACGCCCGCGCCGUCCUUAGACGCCAAAAUCCGACACAUGCCUAAGAAAAUGAGGCAGGAGAUGCGAAAUGCGGCUGAAGAGCAGAGAGUCCGGGAGAAUCUCGCGCAAGUUCAGGGCGAUAGGAACACUCAGGCGAUUCAACCGAUCAGGUCCAAGAAGAAAGGAGAGAAGAAGGCGACCGCGAAGCUGCUGAAGCAACAGGGUAUGCUGCCGUCGGGGAAGUUCAAUUACAAGGAGGUGGACUUCAACAGCUUCCAAGGCGGCAGUAUGCAGAACAACGCAGUUACGCAGAUAACACAGUUUCAGCAGCCGAAGCAAAAGAAACCAAGACAUCGGGACUGGAAGAAGCAAUUCAAAGUGAACAUAUGAUUUGUAACUAGAUUCUGACCUUUUGUAAUAUUACUGAUAAGAAGUGCCGUUGGAUUCUCGGGCGUAUUUCGUGUAAUGUCGAUUACGUGUCGUAUCAACGUCAUCUUAAAUGCUCAUUUAAUUGAUUUCAUCAGUUGAUUACAUUUCAAUUUCAGGUCAUGAAAAUAGACCGAAAUGAAUGAAUAUUUAUCUGUUUUGAAAAAUGAACUUCUAUUUCGCUCUGUAAGUUUUCAGUUUCUCUGGAAUACUGGCAUAUUGUCGUCGAAAUUCUUUUUUCGUAAUGUGUACAGACCGCACGUGUAUCUGUAAAAAUCAUGUGUAAAUGUAGUUGUUGUAUGAAUUUAUACGAUUAUAAUUAUUAAUUAUGAUUUUAUGGAGGAAUGAAGAUUUUUUUUUUUUUAUUAAAAAUCCAUAUAAUGACUAUGUUUAUACACGCAUGUAAAUACAGUUUACUUAUGAAGUUUUUUAGACUUAAGAAAAAUAUAAGUGAAAUAAACAUAU